AUGCCUUUCGUCUCUGAAAAUGUGACAAGUUUCUCCAACACUACCAUGCCCUUUCCCAAUGUAUCCAAUUCAGUACUUCAAAAGACGACGUCAAAGGAUUCCAUCGUUUGCACGUGGAACCUUCCAGCAAUUGAGUGGUUAAAGGUCGCAAUGACAACGUUUGGUUUUCUUGGAAACGGGUUCACAUUUUUCAUUAUUGUCGUGAAGAAGGAAUUACACAACAAAACGUUUGCGGUAAUAGCUGUCAUUGCUCUUUCGGAUUGCCUUUAUUGCAUGGGCGCGAUAGUUUGGGGUCUUUCCUAUAAUGCUUACAUAAAUACAAAGGACUAUCGAAACUAUGAGGAAUGUGUGAAUAAAGUAUUUUACGAUUUCAUUAACAUAUACUUAUCUGGACUAAUGUCAGCAGCAUACAUUGCCUCUGGAUUUUUCAUUGCUGUGCUGUCAGUUGUUCGGUACAUCAUAAUUUCCUAUCCACUAAAAUCCAACAUUCUACUCACACGAAGACGCGUCAUCUUGACGAUCUCUGCAGUGUAUAUCGUCUCGCUUGGGAUAGGAGUCUUAAAAAACCAAGAAACCAAUUUAGGAGGGAAAGUCAACAAGCCUUUGGACCUGAUUGUUUCAUAUCUUGUUCCUCUUAGUGUCAUGGUAGUAUUUCACACUUUAAAGCUAAGAACUCUCAAAAGGAAUACAUUCCAAACGACUAGCUCAUCAGUACGCAAGAUGGAGAUUGUGGUCGUCAUGGUAGUGUUGGCAUUCUUUCUCCUCUUGUUACCAUGGCACGUGUUGGUGAUGCUGUACGAGUAUGGCCUCUAUUCCCCCACGUAUGUGGCUAUGACAGUAAGCUCUCUUCUCCUCCAGUUAAACAACUGUAUCAACCCCGUGUUCUACGCCUUCUUGUCACCGCGAGUCAGACGGUAUCUUUGUUUUUGUUGUGUGAUGAGGAGACCAAAUAACGGAAACCAAACAGCAGCGCAGACUUCUGCAAUACCGAACAGUUCAAGUGGCUCUUCAAUUCAAUCAACAAGUUUCAGUUCAUUUUAGCAGAAAAUUUAAUGAACGGUCGAUCUAUAUUCCUUACUAUGCUAAAAUCAUAUACCAUACAUUUGUGUAUAUCAAUGCAAAACGUUAUGUUCAAUAUGGAAACAUUCACUUAUUGUGUCGUAUUGCGAGACUAUUCUCGAGCCAUCUUCUUUAUAUACACAUGCAUAAAGGAAAAAUACUGCGAAUGAGGACCGAACGUCCGUAGUUUGAAAGGCGAAGAUAACGAACAAUGAUCAAUUCCCACAAGGAAUACCAAAAAAAAAAAAGAGUUGGGCAAACACGGGCCCCUGGCCAUAUCAGAGGUGGGAUCAGGUAUAUGUAUGUUCAACGACGUCAGAAUAAUUUAUAUGACCAUACUAAUGACCUUUCUGGUCAAUCAUCCAAAACAUGACUUUGUUAAACAUCAUUCUGAUUUUACACAAGUUCCUCAUUAAGAAUACUAGUAUCUAUUUAGUCUUUGGGAUCUGACAUGGAUAUAUUAGACAUGGACCAUAUAUUGAGAUUGUUCUUCAGUUAAAUUUUCAAAUUGGUCUUAUCUAUUAAUUAUGAUAUUUAUAAGUCAAUGAAAUUCAUUUUGAGAUAAUAUUAUAAAUCUGAUUUUAAAAAAAUGACAAUGAAGUAUUUAUGUGAUUUUAACAAUGCAUGGGUAUAUGCAUAUUCGUAAUUUUGACUAAAGUUUAUUCUCAGUUUAUAGUCGUGAGGCCUGGUCUUUGAACACUUUGUUGGGGGGAGAUUCAAUGUGCAUAAUUCAGCAUUUUUAUUAGUUGAUCUGUUUUUGUAGUCUUAUGAAGCAGAAUUUAUUCAAAAGCUUCUAUAUGAAAAGA